CGCGGGGCUUUCAGCGCGAUUUCAGUUGGAUUCCAGCUACGGAGCAGAGCAGUCGGUUCGCGAUCAGUGCGAAUCAGCAGAUCCACGUGCCGAGCACAGAAACUAGCCAGUGAAUACAGUGAAUACAUCACCAGAUCGGCAAUUAAACACGCACUCGCUGAUAAGAGUGCAGGCAAUAUAACAAAUACAAAUCAAAUAGACAAAAAUACGGCACAGCCAAGAUGAUGUCACAUACGGUGAGGGUCUUCAAGAUGAUGUACAUUGUGGCGGGCAUCCUCAUCAGCAAUGCGGAGAUCUGCGACACAGUGGACCGCAUCCAAAUAGCGCCACGCGUCGACCUCAAGCCAGAGUUCGAGCACAAGUACCUGACCUCCGGAGGCAACAGCCCCGGCUCCCGAUCCCGCACCCACUCUCGCCAAAACUCCGGCAGCGCAUCCGGAUCGGAGGAAGGAGCGCCCACCAAGAGGCGGCGAGUCAGCGUUUCCGGCAUCGCUGGGGGCGUGGUCAGAGGCGUCACCAGCCAGGUCUCCAAGCGAGUGGGCCACCGCUUCGUCUGGCUAUCGGACAUCCGGCUCAUCCUCAAGCAGUGGCGACUGCUGGCCCUCAGCUUCAACCUCUGGACCAUUCCCAACUUCGUGGUCCAGUGCCUCACCAGCUACAUGAGCAAGAAGCUGCUCAUCAACAGCGACUGUGAUUUGAUCUACAAGUAGGAUUAGGAUAUUGCAUACUGAGUAGUAGGACAGCGCAGCGAGAGGUUGCGGUUUAUUGUUACUUUAGUUUUUACAUAGCUUUAAGUCUGAAUAAACAACUGCUAGACAUAGACAAA